AGAUUUGUCAAUGAUUUUUGUCAUUUGUCACUGAAAAAAGGCUUUGUAAAACGGGUUCCUGAUAAUAAAUAUGUACAUGGGUUUUUGUUAGUUUCAGAAGUCGUCUUUUCUUAGCUUUUGUUCUUGACUACUUUCAUUAUUUGGGUGGUUCCACCAUGUCUGGUGAAUCCAUAGAAAAUAGAACAUUCUAUCAUUGUAGCAUACUCUAUACAUUGAUGCAUGAAGGGAUCUUACCACUCGAGUAAGCCUCUACAAACUUAUGUAACUUCAUGACCUUGAUGUUUUUAUGCCUCUGCCAAAUAAAAGUUGGUUGUUUGUCCGUAAGUCUGUAUGUCUGUCCCGCUUCUUCGUUAGUGUGCAUCCUCAUAAUGAGAAAAAUUGAUUAGAUUUUGGGUAAAAGAAGGUCAAAUGCCAAAGGUUAGCAAAUCAAUUUCGAUGAAUUAAAGGUGUUUUCAACUUUGUUUUUACCAAAUCAAUGACAAUUUGAAGCUAUUUUAGCUCUGAUUUCAAAGCUUGAAACUUGUAGUGUGCAUCACUGUAGGGAGCAGAUUUUUGGAUUGUAAUGUCAAAGUUUAAAGGUUGUAAAGAUGAAUCGACAUGCAAAUAUGGGCUUUUUAUUCUCAUCGUGACAUUCCAAGAAUAAUUAAAGCCAGGAUUUUGACUGAAAGUAGACGGAGGCAUAUCGGAGAUGAAAUCACAUUUGUCUCAUUUGUAUGUAAUUUAAUAAAAGCUGCAUUUCAUGUAUCUCUAUACUCUUUUGUAUGUAAAGUUCCUGCCCAACUGUGCCUUUAUAUGUAAUUUACAGUUAUAGUAUUGAUAGUAUUGAACUAUUCAAAAAGCUUGCCUGAGUAUUACGUUUUAAUAUUUCAGUUCAAAUAUUACCAAGCUGUGCAGUAAGAAAUAGUUCUACAGUGCAUGGGAAUAUUUGUAUGUAUGUUACCAUUAAUUAUUGAAUAGACUAUUGCAGUCAAUGCUUGAAAACCUGUGCAAACUUGAAAGCAGAACUUGUGUUUUGGAGCACCUGUACUUACUUAUAUUGCUCAAAGUAUCAGUUAUAUUACAUAGUGAUAAUAAUGACAGAUGAAUGUAUGAAAUGCAUAAUAAACUGAAGAGUGUCUCUUAUCCUUUAAUCCAGUUAUAUAUUUUUUGUAAUUUUGUUGUACUUUUUUUGACAUGGGUGUGCACAGUGAAGUUGCAGUGUUAUGUGAGUUACCAGGUAAACUACCGGUAACUUGGGAAAGCAUUCUGUUACAAAUGAAGCACAUGAAAAGAAAAAUAAGCAUCUUAAAAAUGUAUUUCUCUAGCAGGAGUUAGGUAAAGACCAUAUACUACAUUUUAGAGUUCUAAAGCACCCCUGCAAUUUACAGUGCCAGUUUAAAUCAUAACAAAUCCUGUUCAGAUUUUGUAUUUCAAAGAUCGCAAUUCAAAUACCAUUGAGAUAGCAUUACACGUACCAGUAAUAACAAUGCCAGAUUAAAGUCGCCAUUAUUCUGUUCACGAUUUUGUACGCUAUUGAUGCCUGUAUCCAUUGGUUUCUAUGUGUGAGUGAAGUUACCACUUUAACAAGGCUUACAGAUAUUGUUUUGGGUUUGCAAAAAUUUUAAGUGACUGUUUUGAAUAGCUAGUGUUAAUACUUAAAUGUUUUGGUCCCAUCGUCAUGCAUCUGCUGGGUUGCUAUAGUCCUAUUUCAUUUUUAAUUUGCCAACAGUUUCUAGAAAGAACAUUGAUGAUAUUUCCAUUCUAUUCACAGGAGUUGCCUCUGCUGCUCAUACCAGUGGUAGCCACUUACCGGUAGGUGGAAGCUUACAACAGACAUCUAUCAAGCAACAUUUCCAGCCACUUCAGCCCGCGAGCCAGGCGAUGGCACAGCAACGGCACCAGCAAGCACAAGCAAUGUAUCUUCCUUAUCAAUAUGCAGAUCCAAUGUCAAGGCUUACAUCAACUGGCAUGAGGGGAAGGGGCAGGGCGGGGCAGCCCCAACUGUACCUGCAGUGCACCCCUCCAUGGCCUCCACCGGUGGUGGUGGUAUAGCAGGUCAGGUAAUGGAGCAGGAGGCAAGGUGUCUGCCUCAUACAUCCUGGUCACCCUGCUACGCUUGAGACAAAUGCUGUGGUCAUCUUAGUUUGCUCAAUGAGCUCCCAGACCAAGAGUCAUGUGUGACGGAGGAUAUUUAGCUUGACCUGGUCAGUCAGAUGAAAGAGAUGGGUCUGGGUGAAAGUGACCCAGGGUCGGGUCAGGUCAAUCCUAAGACGACCUUCUACCAAUCCAGCUUCUCAAGUACAAAGCCACAUAACGGUAGGUGGAAGCUUACAACAGACAAGCAUCAAGCAUCUAUCAAGCAACAUUUCCAGCCACUUCCAGCCAACGAGCAACACAAUGGCACAGCAAGCACAAGGAGUUGCCUCUGCUGCUCAUUCCAGUCGGAGCUUACAACAGCCAUCUAUCAAGCAACAUUUCACGGUAGUUCGGCCCGCUAGAUACACAAAGGCACUGCAAGGCCUCGAACAAGCUCUUGAAACUCGCCCAUCUGAGGAGACCGAGGCAGAUGACCCCAGCCACCUCGAAGUCACUCUCAUGCCUCAUCAGAAGCAAGCCCUCGCUUGGAUGUUAUGGAGAGAGGCACAAGAAAGUCCAUGUGGAGGAAUUCUGGCUGAUGAACCGGGGCUUGGUCAAAACGAGACCGUGAUCUCACUUGUAAUCAAGGCAGUGGCAGCAAGAAAAGCACAAAAAGGAACAGAAACACCACUGAGCUCUCGUGAGAUGAAUGAGGCCUUUAUACGAUCCACCUGCACCCUGGUGAUAUGUCCGGCAUCCCUCAUUGACCGGUGGGUCAAGAAGGUCGAACGUUGUUGCAUGCCUGGCCAGCUACACAUCCAUUCGUACCAUGGACCAAAUCGGGAGAGGCAUCCAGAGGAACUAGCCAAGUAUGACAUGGUCUUCACAUCCUAUAAUCUGAUUAGGAGCGAUCUUCUGGAGGAUGACAAGGAACCAGUGAAGAAUGAUGAAGCAUCGACUGGUAGCAAAAAUCAACCAGCCCUCCUGCGUGUGUUCUGGGAUCGCAUCAUCUUGGACGAGGCCGAUAACAUCAAGAACCAUAAGAGCCAGACGGCCAUCGCUAUCUGUCGGCUGAGGGCCCGGGCACGGUGGGCUGUAACAGGCUACCUGAUCCAGAACAGCACCAUGGAUAUGUUCUCACUCAUCAGAUUCUUGAAAUUUACACCAUUUGAUGAAUAUGAGGUGUGGAAGAGCGAAGUAGAGAAUGCAGGAUCGACCAAAUCAGAGACACUUCAAAAACUGGUCAAGAGUUUAGUCUUGCGGAGAACCAAGGACCAACAGACUAGUAGUGGGAAUCCAAUCGUUUCUCUGCCUGAGAAAGAGAAAAAAACUCACCUGAUAUCUCUGUCAGAUGAAGAGAGAAAGAUCUAUGAUCAGUUCCUCCAGCAAUCCAGAUCCACGUCUAACAAGACUAACAUCCUGGUCAUCCUGCUACGCUUGAGACAAUGCUGCUGUCAUCUUAGUUUGCUCAAAGAGCUCCCAGACCAAGAGUCUUGUGAGAUGGACGGUAUCGAGCUUGACCUGGUCAGACAGAUGAAGGAGAUGGGUCUGGGUGAUAUGACCUUGUAUCCACCCAGCUUCUUAAGUACAAAGAUCAAGUUUGUGAUCAAUCUACUAGAGAAGAUCCGUGCCGCAGGUCCUGCAGACCGCCCUGAGAAGAGCGUCCUUGUCUCCCAAUGGACUGGAAUGCUGGAUGUGGUAGAACACCAUCUCAAGGAGGCAGGCUUCAAGUGUUGGAGUAUCGAUGGUGAUGUCUCACCCAAUGAACGAGAUGAGGCACUGAAGGAUUUUAAUUACAACCCCAGGGGUCGCCAGAUCAUGUUGGUGUCGUUGAGGACCGGCGGGGCUACCUUGAACCUCAGCGGGGGUAAUCAUCUCUUCUUCCUCGAUAUGCACUGGAACCCAGCCUUAGAAGACCAGGCCUGUGAUAGGAUCUACAGAAUAGGGCAGACCAGGAAAGUCCACAUCCACAAGUUUAUCUGCUCUGACACGAUUGAGUACAGAAUAUCAGAGCUACAGAAAAAGAAAAAAAAGCUUGCCAAUGAUGUACUCACAGGGUCCCAGGAGAGACUCAGUGGUGCAGAUCUGGAUUUCUUGUUUGGCGUCCAGUAGGUACAUGAAGCAAAGUGACCAUUGGCCCAGGUGACCUCCGACAUGGAUGACCUUUGACUUAGAUGAUCCUUCACCCUGUAUGACUGUCCAUCUAGAUUAAAGCUAGUAGUCCUUGAAAAUUGCAAUUUAGGGGGAAAAUAAUUUGCAUAUUAUUUUAACUGAUAAUUUUCUGCAUGGUAAAGAUGUUUUGAAUGCCUUUUUUACGGGAUUCCGUAGGCAGUCUGACACAAGGGAAAGAAAAUACUUAAACGAUAUAGAAAUGUUUGAAAUAUGUUAUUCCUAGGACUGAAAAACCAGAAACUUUUGUGAAUUUUUUGAGUGGUAAAAUUCAUGAAAGCAACGGUGGUGUAAAAUUCUCUAUGAGGAUAUACAGAUCGUACUCUAUGUAAUAUUGGAAUGUGUUUUGUAUUUGAUAUCUCAAGUGCAAAACUUAUGUCAGUUGUGUGCCUGUGAACAUGAAAAAAUAAGUAAUUUUUAAAGUUAUUUUUAAUUUGUUUAUGAGUCAGGCAGUUGUUGCUGUUUUUAUUAAAGCAAGUAAUGAUAAUAGAAAAUAUAAUUGAUGUAGUAGGGUAUGUAGAAAACUCAGAUAUAUAUGGUGAAGAUGAACUAUAGAUUUCUGCCAACCAAUAAUAUAGAUUGUCUUGUCACAUAAUUGCAUGAAAUCAAAACAUAUCUUUACUGCCAAUGAAUUAAAAUUGUAUUACGUAAAUUUAUUUAUGUUGACAUUCUCAAUAAGGCAUUAAAGAGCUAUAUAACCUUGCUCUGUUGCAUUACUUUUAGAUAAACCAAUAAUUUCUCAGACUGCUGUAGUGAAGAUGAAAGCUCUGUGAUGUUUGGAUCAUCACCCUUUGAUGAUAUUGUUUACCCCCUCAUAUGACAUCAUCAUGCUCUUAAUUUAAGGAGUACAGUUUAGUAGUUAAUAAUGUCAUUAGAAAUCCAUAUUUUUCUUUUGAAAAUUCUUUGAUGUUUUAAAGCUGAAAGACUCAUUUCAGUUUUCCUCAAGAAAGGCCUGUUCUCAUCUGAGAGUUAAACUGUGGUUGUCUUUGAAUCUGAAUUGUGGAAACACACUACCAAUUAUAAUUAUAUUAAUAUUAGUGGGUCCUUGUAUAGCCCCCAUGGCUGUCAGACUUGACACUCCUGGCUCUCCGCAGUUCUUACCCCAGCUUUAGCAUGGCUGCCAUUAUGGCUCUCUAGCAUUUCAAGGAAUAAGUUCCUGCCCAGUUCCCAUUUACCACCUCUGGGUCGAUUGUGGCAAAUGUAGAAUAAUGUCUUGUGACAUUAGUGCCACAGCAGGACUCGAACCGCAAUCCACAUGAAUCACAGUCCAGUGAUGUGUCCUCUAGACCACGACAUCUCCAUAGUAUAGCUGGAAUGGUAAUUGUACUGAAGACUAUACACUUUUGAAUCCAGAUACACACAUACAUCUAUGUACAUUGUAUUAUAGUGGAACCUGAUUUUGAGACCACCUGUCCAUAAGAGAAUGCAUUUUUUUCCCCCCUGAAUUAGUGUCCUCAUUGAAAUCUGCAAUAAAAAAAAAAAAUUAAAAUAGUUUUCAAAGCUGAACAGAAAGACCACCUGCUUGUAAAGACCACAUUGUGUGUCUUUCUUGAUUGGUCUUUAUAUACAGAUUUUACUAUAUCUAUCCAUACACCAACUCAUAGGAAGCAUUGAGACCGAUGAAGAUGUGACUAAUGCCGUUGAAUUGGGUGGGGAAAAAGGGUUGUGAAAUAUGACUUGCCUGAUAUCCAAUAUGUAAUGAAUAUUGAAUGUAAGAAUGUUGUAUGUAUGGAUAUUUGUGCCUUUUUAUGAAGUUCUGGUCUUCACAUUAAAUCAUGAAUUCCUUUUUUCUUGGCAAAUAU